CCCGCAUUCAGUCCCUCAGUCCCUCGGGUGUGCACUCAUUUGUACCGCGAUACCCAAUCCAUUUAUAAUCUUUGAUAGGGAAGCUGGCUUAACUUUCAAAGAUAUAUUCUAAAUUGCAAACCUCUCAUCUCCAUACCAUAUCCCUUCAUACACAAUGGCUUCCCGCGCACAACAGAUUGCUGGCCACUUGAACUGGCCAAAGGGCAUGCUUGCUGGCCAAGUUGCUAUCAUCACUGGCUCUGGUCAAGGAAUUGGUGCUGAGGCCGCGAGGCUCUUUGCCAACGAGGGUGCUAAGGUUGUCGUCGCUGAUAUUGACGCUGCCAAGGCUGCUGAUGUCGCAAAGAAGAUCAACGAGUCUGGUGGCAGCGCUAUCUCUGUCGCUGGCGACGUCUUAGAUGAGAACUACCUGAAGGACUUGGUGAAGAAGGCGGCAAAGUUUGGAAAUGGGAAAAUUCAUAUCAUCGUGAACAACGCUGGCUUCACUUGGGACGGAGUUAUCCACAAGAUGACCGACAAGCAAUGGGAGACCAUGCUCGCGGUCCACAACACCGCCCCCUUCAAGCUCGUCCGCGCUGCCGCCCCCUACUUCCGCGUCAAGGACGGCGAGCCCCGCAACAUCAUCAACAUCUCCUCCACCUCCGGUGUGCACGGCAACGCCGGACAGGCCAACUACGCUGUCGGCAAGGCCGGUAUUGUCGGCCUCACCAAGGUCAUUGCUAAGGAGUGGGGACCAGCGUUCGGCGUCCGCGCCAACACCAUCGCGUUUGGGCACAUCGCCACGCGCUUGACGCAGGCGAAGGAGAAGGGUGCGUUUGUUACCACCCCUGAUGGAGAGAAGAUUGCUCUUGGUAUCCCCGGCAUGGGAGAGCCGCCAAAGGACGGAUCGGUUGCAUUUGCCGAUAUCCCAUUGAGGAGACCAGGUAGCCCGUCUGAGGGAGCCAGCUCUAUCCUGGCUGUCGCCAGUCCGCUUUUCUCUUAUGUUAGUGGCCAGACCAUUAUGGUUACGGGUGGAAGGAAUAUGUAAAGUACGAUAAGAUGUAAUCACAGUUAGAAAAUCC